AACGAUGGCGUUGAUUCAGGACUUGUUCCUAGCGUUUCUGAACGCUGUUUCAGUCGUAGUGUUCUUAAAUUUACCAGACAAAUCUGAAUAUGAUGUAAAAUUGAAAAGACAAUAUGACUAUAUCAUCGUUGGCGCAGGCUCCGCAGGAUGCGCUCUCGCCAACCGCCUGACAGCUGAUGGCAGUUCCACCGUGUUGCUUCUCGAAGCCGGGGAACUGGAAGGAGCCGCCCUGCAGGUUCCUUUUUUCUCAGCGAUCUUGCAGCGGAGUAGCGUAGACUGGGACUACACGAGUGAACCACAGCAGAAUGCCAGUUUAUCCGCGGAAAACCAGAUUAACAGAUUUCCCCGUGGAAAAGUCUUCGGAGGCUCAAGUUCAAUCAAUCACGUUAUAUAUACAAGGGGAAACAGGAAGGACUUCGACAAAUGGGCAACUCACUAUGGUGCCGAAGGCUGGUCUUACGCCGAUGUCCUGCCGGAUUUUAUCGCUAUUGAAAAAUCCUACUUAGGUAUCGAAAACGGGUACCACGGCUACAAAGGAGAAGUACCGGUCAGCUUUCCAAGUUCACGCACGAAGGUUAGUGACCUGUUUUUAUCAGCUGGCCGAGAACUAGGUUACAACAACGGCGACUACAAUGGUCCAAACCAAACAAGCUUUUCACGCGUGCAAAACAACGUGAAGAAUGGAGAACGCUGGAGCUCAAGUAAGGCUUUAUCUCCGCUGUGGUUCGCAGAAGGAAGAACCUCGAUGUCGCACUUCAUGCACAUGAACAAAGUCCAAAGCAUUCUAAGAGAGCAGUUCUUGCAGGUUGUUUUUCAAGGCACAACUGCUGUGGGCGUUGAGUACAAACGGCACCACAGAAGGUUCAUGGUUCGAGCCAGGAGGGAAGUGAUUCUUUGCGCUGGAGCCAUUGGUUCUGCGCAGCUGCUCAUGCUGUCUGGCGUAGGACCGCGGGAACACCUCGAAUCAUUGGGGAUAAACCUCAUUGCCGAUCUCCCGGUCGGUGAAAAUCUCUAUGAUCACGUGACCGUGAAUGGAAUCGCCGCAACAUCAGCAGAGAACAUCCAGAUAAACUACUAUUCGCCGUCUGCUCCUUUUGAGUAUGCUCUGUUUGGAUCAGGCCCACUAAGCCAUGCUUAUGGCGUCGAAUGUGUCGCUUUCUUAAGUACGCCGGGCACUGAUUCCACAAUUCCAAAUAUCCAGUUUCUGCUUGUCAGUCUCAAUCCUACGACUAUUGAAGCCGGGUAUCUGGCCAGUCAAAUAGGAGUUUUACAGAUGUAUGAAACGUACUACAAGCAAAAGCGAGGAUACAAUGCAUUUAUGGUUGUACCAAUACUUCUUCAUCCAAAAUCGUCUGGCUUCAUUCGGCUGAGGAGCACAGAUCCUGAAGAAUAUCCUAUCAUUGAUCCUAAAUUUUUGACAAAUGUUGCCGACAUCGACACGCUAGUUCAAGGCUCCAAAAUUGCCGUGCAGACAUUGACUACGCAAGUCAUGAGGAAUAGCAACGUCACCAUUUGGGACAUUGCCCUACCUGCGUGCGCGUCAGCAGGACCGUUGUGGAGUGACUCGUAUUUACGUUGCUUUGUACAGCACACUUCACUCAGUGGUUGGCAUCCUUGUUGCACCGCGCCCAUGGGUACGCAUCCUCAGGCUGUGCUGGAUGCGAGGCUCAGGGUUCUUGGAGGCGUCAAACAUCUACGUGUGGUGGAUGCUUCAUCGAUGCCUUACCUUCCGGCGGGAAACCUCAAUGCGCCGCUUAUGAUGAUGGGGCAUCGAGCUGCCGCCAUGAUCAUGGAAGACAAUUCAGCCCAACUCCCUAAUCCUAGGCAAUGCAAUGAGAGCUUCAAGAACAACCUGGAACAGCAAUCCUUCUUCGAUCGAUGGGAACAGAAAUGCUGCUCACACGGAUCCCUACUUCCCAGCAAUGACAGCUCAUGUAGAAAGUAGCCAGAGAAGCAAGGACGCUUGCACAGUUCGACAAAACAGCAGGUGAUUAUCAAAAUUUAUUUAUCUACUGAAC